GCUUUAUGGCGUGAAGAGGGUCGGGCAGUGUGCCGGCUUCAGGGUUCUCUUCCUCAUUUCCUGCUCUGUCAGGGUCGCCUAGGAGACAGGCCAGGAGUCGCGCGGACGGAGCCUCUCCAUGGCAGCGGCUUUCCAGAGAGGGACGAUGGGCCCGCUGGUGGGGUCCAUCGAUCAAGGGACCAGCUCUUCGCGCUUCUUGAUCUUUAAUGCGAACACUGCUGAGCUGCUGAGUUACCAUCAAGUGGAAUUAAAACAGAAGUUCCCUAAGGAAGGGUGGGUAGAACAAGAUGCAAAGGAAAUUCUACAAUCUGUCUAUGAUUGUGUGGAAAAAACAUGUGAGAAAUUGAAGCAGCUGAACAUAGACAUUGGCAACAUAAAAGCUAUUGGCGUUACCAAUCAGAGAGAGACAACUGUGAUUUGGGACAAGACAACUGGAGAGCCUCUGUAUAAUGCUAUUGUGUGGCUCGAUCUUAGGACCCAAUCUACAGUUGACAGGCUGCUUAAAAAAAUUCCAGGGCAAGAUAAAUCCUUUUUUAAGAGUAGGACUGGCCUGCCACUUACCACAUACUUCAGUGCUGUGAAAGUUCGCUGGCUUAUGGACAACGUGGAAGAAGUUGGGCAAGCAGUGCGAGAGGGGAGAGCUAUGUUUGGUACUAUUGAUUCAUGGGUGAUAUGGAGUCUGACAGGUGGAAAAGAUGGAGGUAUUCAUUGCACUGAUGUAACCAAUGCCAGUAGGACAAUGCUGUUAAAUAUUCAUACGUUAGAAUGGGAUGCUGAACUCUGCAAGUUUUUUGAUAUUCCUAUAGAUAUCCUUCCCAGAGUGCGGAGUUCAUCAGAAAUUUAUGGGCUAAUGAGUUCUGGAGCCUUGACCGGUGUGCCAAUUUCUGGGUGCUUAGGAGACCAGUCUGCUGCUCUAGUAGGACAAAUGUGCUUCAAGAAUGGGCAGAUUAAAAAUACAUAUGGGACAGGCUGCUUCUUGCUCUGCAAUACAGGCCAUAAGCCUGCGCUGUCUGAACAUGGCCUUCUGACCACCGUGGCUUACAAACUGGGAAGAGACCAACCUGCGUGCUACGCUUUAGAAGGCUCUGUUGCCAUAGGAGGUGCUCUUGUUCGUUGGCUGAGGGACAACCUGUGCAUUGCACAGUCCGCAAAAGAAGUUGAGAUGAUUGCUGCUGAAGUGGGAAAUUCUUAUGGCUGCUAUUUUGUCCCAGCAUUCUCAGGAUUAUACGCACCAUACUGGGAACCUACUGCAAGAGGAAUUAUCUGUGGCCUUACUCAGUUUACAAACAAAAAACACAUUGCCUAUGCUGCACUAGAGGCUGUUUGCUUUCAGACACGAGAGAUAUUGGAUGCCAUGAAUAAGGACUGUGGGGUACCACUAAGCCAGUUACAAGUUGAUGGAGGAAUGACAAACAACAAGAUCCUUAUGCAGCUCCAAGCGGACAUUCUCUGUAUUCCAGUAGUAAAACCAUCCAUGCCUGAAAUCACAGCACUGGGAGCAGCGAUGGCAGCAGGAGCUGCAGAAGGAGUAGGAGUCUGGAGUCUGCAUCCUGAUGACUUGACAGCAGUGACUUAUGAAAGAUUUGAGCCACAGAUUAAUUCUGAGGAAAGCGAUUGUCGCUAUGCCUGGUGGAAGAAAGCUGUUAGGCGAUCAAUGGGCUGGGUGACCUCAGAACCUCAUACUGGUGGCGAAACUAGUAUCUUCUGUAGUCUGCCUUUGGGCUUCUUUAUAAUGAAUAGCCUGUUAAUGUUAAUCGGAGCAAAGUACAUCUCAGGUUAG